AAGGAGGGUGGGGCCAGGCAGUCUGGCAGAGGUGGGAGUAGGGGUCCUUCCUGCCCUGAGGCUUCUGCUUUAGUUGCUUGAGUGUGUGUGGGGUGCCACAAGCUGGGCACCCCUGCCCACUUGGCCCUGCAUGGCCUGGCACUUUGUGAUCGCUUGUGGGCAGGCCUGGGCUAUUUUGGAGCCGGCAGGAUGUGAUAUCACUUGGGCGUUUAUUUAGACCGGGUUGGGGGUGGGGGCUGUGUUCCUGCCAACUUGAAUUAAUGAAAUUUUACAGGGAGGUGUAGCCUCCUAGGCAGCUGAGCUGUGGAGUUUGUGGCCAGAAUUCUGCAGGCCACCAGAGUGGGCAGGUGAGCAAGGUUCUGUGCUUCCUUGGUCUUGCUGAGAACCUUGAUUCAGGAUGAGGGAGGAGAGAGGUUGUUCUUAACCUGAACAGUCUUGAGUUUGGAAGUCUAAGGCCUCUGGGGUCUUCUUCUGCCAGCUUAAAGCUUUAUGACCUAAAGUGAGACCCUUGGCCUUUUCAACUCAGUUUCCGUAUCUGUAAAAAGGGGGUAAUUGUGCCAACCUCACAAGGUUGUCGUGAGCAUGUAGACAUGCAUGUGAACUGUCAGCCUGUCUUUCAGCUGAGCCCCAGAGAGGACAGGUAGUUUGCACCAGCGUACCCAGCUAGUUCGUGGCAGAGCUGGGACAGAGAUCAGGCCCCAGGCUCCACAGUCCAGAGUUCUUUACCCAGCAGCACUCCACUGCCUCCUGACUGUUCAGGGAUACAGCUUGCCCUUCCAAUAGAGCAGGGAGCUAACUGUCCCUUACUUACGCCCUGAUUCCUGGUUCCUCUUUGUCAGUUUGUAAAGAUAGGUGGAUGUGCCCAGCGGGAUGUCUGUGCUGGGAGACAGUUGGAUUUUCUGUCUCAUCUUUUUUAAGGGUAGGCCCUGCCCAGCCAGUGGCAUUUAGGAAUAAAGUCAGUCAAUUUGUAGUUGUCAGCCUCGCUGCUUUUCCUGCUUCCCCAUAGAGUUGAGGAACAAAGACCUCAGCUGAGAGAGGCUCCAUCAGACAGCUGGGGUCUGCUGUCAGGGAGCCUAGGAUUUCCUAGAACUUUGGAGCAGAAAUUAAGAUCAGCUGUUGCAGCCCCGUUGUCUUACAUAUGAGACUGAGAUCCAGAGGACAAGGACCUGCCCGGAACUCCUAGGUGGUGUUCCAUGGCACUGCCUCUGAAGAGGUCACUGUCAGGCUAGUGUCACCUGCUCACUGGUGUAUAAUGACAGUCUCUAACAUCCGUUGGCCUUUUACUGUGUGCCUUGAGCUCAGCGCAUUACUUGGAGAGGGGAGGGGAAAGGGUUUGGUCCCUGGCCUGAAAGUGCAAAGAUCAGGUUUCUGGUCUCCACAUUGUCACCUGCUCUCAGGGAGGUCACUUUCCCCUGGGCUUCAGUUUAUCUGUAAAAUGGGAAUAAUAAUCCUUGUCCUAAGACUCAUUGUAAACUCACUGGAUCCUUAAAUUAUGCGAGGCAGAUGCCAAGGUCCUAUUCCUGGCACUGAUGCUAAGAUUUCAGAGGAGUGUCCUCCUCUCUCUGGGCCUCUUACUUUUCCAUCUGAAAAAUGACAGAGUUGGAUGCCAUGGUCUUUUAGGUAGCUGGAGCUCUGACAUUUUGAGCAUUUUAAGGUAACUCAAAGGUCACCUAUUUGCACCUAUGUCUCAUCUUAUCAUUUAAAGGUGUGCUUAAUCACAGACUAAGAGGGAGAGGUGCUGAAUGCUGCCAGCUGGGUGCCAGCUGUGGUGUUCCAUAGGAGAUGGUCCUGUCUGGGCAAAGGGAUCAGAAAGGCUUCAGGGGGAGGUGGCAGUGUUUGGGCUGGGAUGGUUGUGUAGGAUUGGGACAAGUGGAGGUGGAAAGAAUGAGAAGGGCGUUCUUAGCUAAGGGAACUGUGUGAACAAAGACACAGGCCAGAAAAAGUACAUGUAGCAGGGACAGUGAAUAAACCAACUUUGCUAGAACCUGAAGAAAAGAGUAAUUGUAGAUAGAGUUUAAGGCAUCAGCUGCAGCCAUGUCUUGAAGGGCUUCAACUGCCAGGUAGAGCAGCCUGAAUUUGGAGGAUGCUAACAUCUGGUUGGAAACUCUGGUGGCAUAGUGGCUAAGAGCUACGGCUAACCAAAAGUUCGGCAGUUUGAAACUGUCAGCCUCUCCUUGGAAACCCUAUAGGGUUGCUAUGAGUCGUAAUCGACUUUGAAGGCAACGGGUUUGGUUUUGUUUGGUUUUGAUGCCCAGCUGCCCCGUGGAAGAAAGAUCUGCUGACAUAAAGAUUACAGCCUAGAAAACCCUAGGGGGCAAUUGAAUCAAAAUUGACUUGACAUCACCUAACAACAAUGCCUUUUGCUGGGAGGGCUGAUCCUGCAAAGCUGGUCUUCCGUACAGCUUUGCCUAUACAGAGUACCCUUGAACUGGGUGAAAUGGGAGAGUUUGUGCUGGGAGGUGGGGGGCUGGGCCUGGGCUGAGGCAGAGACAUUGGCUGAGGGUUCUGAUGAUGGGGGAAGAUGUGGAGGGCAUCUGCUGGGACAGCCGCAGAGCCUUGGCCAAGCCUACCAGACAUGUUCUGCUGCUGACCCAGCUACUGCGCUGGCUGCCUGCCGCCUACCGGCAGCCAAGGAAAAAUGUUUGUGAAUGCUUCUGCUGUGGUCAUUUAUGAGAUUUUGAAAUCCUUAUGGUUCAGGGGCUCUGUAACAUCUUAGGAAAUAGACUAGAUCAGAAUUCAAGAAACCAAGUCCUAGGCUCAGCCUCCUCCUGCCUCCGGCUUCCUUUUGGCAAGAGCCUGACCUCUAGCGCCCACGGCCUUUCCUGUGGCUUCCGUUCAUCUGGGUUUUACUGAAUACUUACUAUGUACUGGACGUGAAAUCUGAGAUGAAUGAGGUCCAGUAGGAUUUGAAUGUGUUGAAAAUGCACAACAUGAGAUUUUCGAUUCAGAAAGUCCAAAAUCAAGAGUGCGUAUCUAGAAACCUUGGCCACUCGCAACUCAUCUUUCUUUGGUUGUGUAAAUAUAGCAAAGGCUUUGUUUCACUAAAUCUUUAAGGAGUAGACCCCCUUAUCUUAUACAAACUGUCCCAGGGACAGAGUAUGGGCUUUAAGCCCAAAACACCUGGUUUUCAUUGGUCUCCAUCACUCACUGCCUAUGUAAUCUUGGGCACAUUACUUUGAGCUUCACUUUCUUCAUCUGGAAACUCAAGAUAAUCAUAUUUGCAUUGUAGGAUUGUGGUGGUUAAAUGAAUUGUAUAUAUAAAAAUAACUGAUAUACUGUAGGUGCUUAGUAAAUGUGAACUCCUUUCCCCGCCCAAUAAUAUCUGGGUCACUUUUCUCUCAGUGGGAACAAGACAAAGGCCUAGCCUCUUCCCCACCGCCUUGUGGUUGGGAUUCAGGUAACAAGGAAAGUACCUUUGGUUCGUCUAAUAAAUAAUAGGAGUAAUCCUCUAAUCUCCCACGUGCUGUGUGAGGCAUUGUGUAAUCUGCCAGGCUCUUUCCUGACCAUUGUUCUCACAAUUGUCCUAGAAGGAAGUCAGAAGCCAGUGAAGUUCUCCUCGUUUCAUGGGGUGAAUGAAGAAUGGGGUCCCAGAGAGGGGCAGGGACUUGCUCAGCCCCACAGCAAGGCAGCCUUGGUGGGGGGCUUGGAGCCCAGGCCUCUUGACUUUUCUUUCCCCACAGCUUUUCUCCAGGUCUGUUGCUCCUGCCUGGUAGCCUGGCUCCUCAGGCCGCCUUCCCUAGGCCUGCCAUCUGUUCUGCAAGGAGGGUUUGUUUGACAUUUUCCCACCCUCUGAGCUCAUCUCGCAUUUCAGCAGGGGUAGCUUGAGGCUCGGUGAAGACUGAGUCACCACCUCCCCGGCUGUCUCAUCCUGAGCAGCAGUCAGACACACCCACAGGGCCGCUGUGAAGACUUGCUGGUUGUAGGCACGAGGCACGGCAGACUUUCAGCCCAGAAGCUCAGAUGGGCUCAGAAAUAUUCUGCCUAGGCUCUUGGGGUAAAGGCUGCAGCGCCAGCUCCAUGUUUCUUCAUUCCCUAAAGCAUGUUGAGUACAUGUGGCCUGGCCUUUCCUGCCGCAAGCUUUUAUUGGUGCUGUACUGGUGGUGCCCUCUCUUCCCUUGGAGGCCCAUAUUGUCCAAUGCUGCCUUCUCCAGGAAGUCUGUGAUCUUUGGCUCUGGAGUCAGACUGAAUUCAGCCCCAGGUCAAUACUUGCUGAAAGUGUGACCUUGGCAGUCAUUUUACCUCUCUAUGCCUCACGUUUCUCUUCUGUACAAUUCACCUUCCUGAGCUCCACCCCUAAAGAUGCUCAUUUGGCAGGUCUGGAUGUAGGAAUCAGCUUUAUCCACCCCUCUGGAGGAUCCCUGAUACUGAGAGUCUAUGGGGUGAACUCUGGGAAAAGCUGAACUGGGAGUGUCUUGCAUUUAUAUCACAGCUUGACUUGUCCCUGUGUAUGACCAUGGAUUGGCCAACUAUCUGGGCCACAGUCUCCUUCCCUGUCACAUUAGGAUGGAAAUACCCACCUCACAGGCCGCUGUGAGGAUGAGAACUCAUGUAGUAAAGGCCCCUCAAGAAAUGGCAGUUAUAUUGUCAUCUUUGUUUCGGACAGGAUUGGUUAUUUCCAGAAACAAGUUACCUUCUCCUGCUUAGCCCUGGCAGAGACUGUCAGGCCUGGCCAGGAUGGGGGCUGUGGAAUUGAACACCUGGGCAGGAAUGAAAUCUAGUUGUCAACACGAAUUUAUUGAGAUUGAUGACGUGUGCGUGUGAAUACCCUUCCGGUUGUGGCUGUGGCCACCUCUCCUCACACAGCCUUGUUGGAAUCAGCCUUGUUUCUCACCUACCUGCUCCUGAGAACCAAGGCUACCUUAAAGACAAAAGGCAGAUUCUAAAGCUAAAAGAUUGUUUCUUGUGUUGUAGUAAAGUUAGCCGAUACAGAGAGGGGAAGGGCCAGCCCUAGGAUCCCAGAGCAAGGCAACGCCAGGGCCAAACCAGAGCCAUAGCCCUACCUCCCCGCCCAGGCCUCCCUCAUUCUGCACAUCCCUGGCCUGGAGCACUGGGUUCUGAUAGACCAGUGAACAGUUUCCUCAAAGGACAAGUGCAAAAAAGUGGCCCCAAGGGAUCGGGGGCUGGACUUGGCUCAGCCUGGAACUGAACUGGGCUCAAAAAACAGUUUUUUGCGCAAGUACCUGCCCUCCCAGUCCUGAGCACGGCUCCGGGAGGACAGGGAAGAACAGACAAACAGGGCCUGCCCCUAGAAACUUAUGGCCUGAUAGGAAAACAAGGCUACAAUUAUGAAAGACUGCAUGACUGUAUAUAAUUAAGUGUCUGCUGAGGAAAAGCAUUGUCUGAGAAGGAAGAAAUGAGCCUGAGCCAGAGGAAACAGCCCUCUUGGGGCGGGGAGUGGGGGAGGGGGUGGUGGGCUGGAAUCACCCAGGCAGAGGGUGAGGCUGACUUCUCAGGGAUGGUUUGUGCAGAGACAGUGAUAUGGGACUGGCAGGUAAGCAUGCAUUUGAGGAAACAGGGAGUAGACAAGUUUUGCUGAUGCAUCAGGGCUCUGGAUGGAAAAUCGGGAAUGGACCAGGAAGUUGCAGGCAGUGUUGAACACCAGCUGAAAAGCUGAGGCUUUGGGGAGCCACGGAAGAUUUCAGAGCAGAGACUUUUUCAGGAAGAUGAAUCGGGCCAGUGAAUUAGAAUGAAUAAGAGUGAGGACGGGGAGGAGGCUUUGCAAGCUUCCAGAUGAGAAAAGAGGGUGAGGUUUGGGUGGGGCCCACAGGAAUGGGAAGGGCCAGUUGGAGUAGCAGAGGAUGCUGUGCUCCCUGAGGAGAGCAUGGCCAGAGUAGUAGCCAAGGCUGCCCACGCCCAUGAGGCCAGCGGGGGCCUAAUGGAGCAGAGGGAAAGAUGUUGGGUGUUGCUGAUGUGGGAAUAGGAAGUAACGUUCUGAACACCUGCUCUGUGCCAGGUGCUCCACAGGCACACUCAUGAGAUUCUUACAACAGGCUCCAGGCAGGUGGAUGUAAUCAUCCCAUUUUACAGAUUAAGAAAAUGUGGCUCAGGCCCAAGGCUGACUGACUCCAAACCCAGGCUCUUCCCACAGUUCAUCUCUGCUCUUGGGAGGAGAACACCUGCUGUCAGAGUCCCUGGGAUCCGAGCCUUCUUGCCUCUUGAUUUAGGGGCACACAAACGCAUUCCCUACAGCUCCCCAGCCCCUGCUUUCUGAAGAUCUUGAAGGUCGGGGUUGGGUGCCAGCUAGAAUUUCUUCAAAGUGAGAGUCAGGGAAGGGGAGGACCUUCACACCAGCACUUUUACACACCAAGCUGUGAGAAUCCUCCUGAGUUGUGUGUCCAGUCCAACAGUGUCAUGUCUACGGUGGGGCCCAUUGGAAUUCUCAGCCAGCCCCCACCAUGAAAGGUGUUAACCCGGCCCAGCCAGAGAAGUCAGUCACCCAUAAAGGCAGGAAGAGACUUGUCCCAAUGUGCUUAGCACAGGAGAUCCGGAGUUGGGUGAUGGCGCUCAGUUCCAGUUUUCCAGGCUGCAGCCAGGGAUGCCCAUGGGUACUUACUGAGUGACUACUGUAGAAGGCAGCAAUGAUUGGUCCCAGUGUAUAGCUAGGAAACUGAUGGCUUGGCCGGGGUCACCCAGCCAGUCAUUCACCUCUCCCCUCCCCUAUGUAUAGCACCUCCCUCCUGAGCACCACCUUGGUCAUGAGGCAGAGCAACCACAUGGCAGGCACAGCCUCCGUGUUCCCUCACCCCCACUCCUCCUGUGCCUCUACUAAACAUCCCCAGGGUCCCAUCUGCGAGUGUAAUUUGGCAAAUACUCUUGAGUCCAGCCGUAUGUAGAGUACGGUUGUAACAAUAACCCAGUUUUUCACACCAAAAUCUGGACAAAGGUUUUGAUGAGGAAUUUUUGUGCUCCUUUGAGAAAGAGACAGCCUGAGGAAUCUCAUUUGGACGUUGGAACAGUGGACUAGAGUGACCUGUGUUGUUCCUUUCAGUUGUAAUAAUUCAUUUGAUUAAUGGUUUACUGUUUGCCAAGUACAUUCUCGUAAAUUUGCACAUUCUCAUGUAUAUUCAUUCUUUUUUUGUUUUGUUUUUAGCACAUUGGCUCUGAAUCCUUAAAAUUUUGUUUAGCCUGAUUUUGAUUUGCAAAGCACUUUCACCCAUGUUAUCUUGGUUGAGUCUUACAUACCCCUGGGAGGUCGUUACUAUUGUCAUUCUCAUUUUCCAGAAGAGGAAACUGAGGUUCAGCAGUAGAAAGUGAUUUGACCAAGGUCACUCUGGGAUUCAGUGGCUGAGCUGCUCAUGUAUUCAACAGUCUUAAUUAAAGGCCUGCUGUGUGCCAGGCAGUGGACUGGCCUUGGAGAUACGGUGGCAGGCAGAACAGACUUAGUUUUUGUCCUUCCAGAGCCCACAGCCUCAUAAAGGUCUAGCCAGGUUCACCCCAGGGCUCCUGACCGCUAUCCUGGGCUUUUUCUACUGCAAACACCUGCAGUUUGGGCCUGUGGCUUAAAUCUAAAUUCUUGUGGCCCGUGAGCCCUCAGCCUAGCACAUCAUGGUAAGGAAGCCCAGGCAGCAAGUCUCUGCAAACAGUAUUUCAAAAGUGACAAAAGGGUCUCCAGUAAUGACUUAAUUAUUAACAAGAAGGUGAGGAAGGGCAUCUCAGCAGAACGCCAUCUGCUCCUACUCCCUGGAGGCAGUCGCCCCAAGGCUGCUGCCCCAAGAUCCUGGCCUGAAUUUUCUGCCGCCUCCAAAUAUUUGAUUACAGUCUGCACAGGUGUAGAGCCCUAUGGCCAUGUGCUGAGCAGGGGACCCUUCCUGCCUCCUUUAAUAUUAAAUUAGAUUAAAUAAAGACAGAUCCUAGGGUGUCAGGCCUGGAAAGAACUCUGGCCCAGCCCCCUCACUUCCCAUGAGUGAAAACCAAACCUCAGAGGUGAAGGGACUUGCCAGGAUCACAUAGUGAGAGAGAUUUCUUCCCUUUCCCCAUCUACCAGCCUGACUUAACUUCUUCAUUCCUCCUGGUAGGAACCCUCUCCUCCCAGUUGUAGAUGUUCCCUCAAAGCCCUCUUUAAAUCCUUCUAUGCUUCAAGACCAGAUUAUCCUCAGAGUCUUCCCAGAUACUUUAUUCCCCUACAGUGUCCAGGCUGCCUCAGCCUGCCCUCAGAGGCCGCCCUCCUGUUCUACAAGGCUAGACCAGCAGCCCUUGAGGAGACUUCCGAAUCCAGCUGCGUGGGCCCUGCCUUCAGGGAGUCUGAUUUCUGAGGUCUAGGGAGAGGCUUCUCUGUGUGCGUUUUGCUGGAGUUAUUUUUGGACAAUGAAUAAGGAAGACCAAAGAAGAAUUGAUGCCUUUGAAUUAGGGUGUUGGCUAAGAAUAUUGAAUAUACCAUGGACUGCCAGAAGAGCAAACAAGUCUGUCUUUGAAGAAGCACAGCCAGAAUGCUCCUUAGAAGCGAGGAUGGUGAGACUUCAUCUUAUGUACCUUGGACAUCAUCAGGAGGGACCAGUCCCUGUAGAAGGCCAUCAUGCUUGAUAAGGUAGAGGGUCAGUGAAAAAGAGGAAGACCCUCAAAGAGAUAGAAUGACACAGUGGCUGCAACUAUGGGCUCAAACAUAGCAACAUCUGUGAGGAUGAUGCAGGACCAGACAGUGUUUCGUUCUGUUGUACGUAGGAUUACAGUGAGGCGGAACUGACUUCAUGGCACCUAACAACAACAUUUCUGUAUAUAAAAAUUAAUUUUUAUUGACAAAGCAAUACAUGUAUGCGGUUAAAAGUUUCAUACUUUGUUAAAAUAUACUUAAUGAAAAAUUAGCCUCUCUACCUAGACUCCUAGUCUCCAAACACUUUGUGUAUAUAUAGGCAGCUAUGUCAGGGACAAGGAGCCCUGGUGGCACAGUGGUUAAAGUGCAUGGUAGGAACUCUACCAAACCAAAGGGUCGGUGGUUUGAAUCUACCAGCUGCUCUGUGGGAGAAAGAUGUGUGAGUAUGCUUCCUUAAAGAUUACAGCCUUGGAAACUCUAUGGGGUAGUUCUACUCUGUGCUAUAGGACCUUUAUGAGUUGGAAUCGACUCGACAGCAGUGGGUUUUUUUUUUUUAUGUCAGGAACAACCCUGUUAUUACCCAAAAGUUGAUGUAUUCUCCACACGCGGUUCUGUACCUUUCAUUUUCACACAAGUCUCUGCUGUAGGUUAUUCUCUGUGGGUGUACCAGAUCCUUGGGCUCCUUUUUUUACAGUGGUGGCAUUCCAUCGAUGGGCAGACCAUCAGAUGUUUGUCCAGUCCUCUCCUGAAGGACGCUGGGUUGCUGCUGCGAACAGUGCCGCAGUGAACACUUUGCGAUACCCGUCUUUAUGCAUGUGUGCUUGCCUGUCUGUGGGAGCAGUUCUGCAAGUGGAAUUACUGCUUCAGAGGCUGUGCACUUAAAGUUGUGUUAGACAUUUUCAAAUUGCCUUUUCCAUUCUGAGAAUGUAUAUUUUAAAAAAGCCCCCCUCCCCUCCCCGCCCCGCCCAUCCCUUGAGUCCAAUAUAGUUCCUUGGUUAAGAAACCACUGUUCUAAUCCAGCCCAUGAUUUUAUACGUGGGGCAAGGCCCAGGGAGGGGAAGGACCCUGGCCAGUGUCACUUAGCAGUCCCCAACCAAGGAAGUAUCUCCUGAGUAAAGUGCAGAUUAGAGAAGUGAAGAAUGAAAGGAAGAAAUGGGCUUGGGGAGUGGCAGCACCGGAGCCAGGGGUCGGGGGAAGGGGGCUUUGUUCCUGGUACCUUGGGACCUGUUUGUGACUUGGUCUGCAGGGAGACAUGUUUCCUCUCCCAUGCCAAGUCCUCCUCCAGGAGCGUCUCUGGUGUGUGUUGCACCUGCUUGGCAACAGCUGGGCUGGUGAGCUCAUUCAUCCAGCAGAUAUUUACUGAGUUCCUGAAUCCCGGUGCUGGCUCAGCCACUAAGUCCCUGCUAACCUCUGAGCCUCAAUUUUCUUCUGAAAGGUCAGGAGAAUCAUCCCUGCCUUUCUUAUGUCCUUGGCUAGUGAGAAGCCAGCCAGUUGCCAAACAACAUAAAAUAGAGUGCAGUGGUUUAGCCAGACACUGUGCUGGGUACGCUGGGGUCAGCAGUUUGGACCAGUCCUGGGUAGGCUGCUAUCGGUCUUAGUAGAUGGCCUCAUCAGCCCUUGGGCUGGGUAUUUUAGGUCAGCUGUUGAUAGGUGUCUCCUCUUGCUGUGCCAAGACAGGGUCAGGCUUGUGCUUAAGGACUUCCUGAAUUUUCUCUGUCCCAGGUUAUUGGGACCUCCAGGGUCUGCUCUGGAUAAAGGAGUUCAGAUGGCAGAUGUGGGGACACAUUUGGGGAGAAGUAUUCAGGAAGACCAGAGUCUCUACCCUGCGGCCAGAGUUUUGCUGCCCACUCCAUCCUCCAGGAAGGUUCUUCGGAGCCCCCGUGGUUCGCUCCCGCAGCUCCUUUUCAGCCCAGUGUGGCGGCAGGGAUGAGGAAGUUUUUCUAGCUUAAAAUGACGUUUAAAUAACUAGCCUAGUUCCUCCCUCCCAUUUGUUUGACAGGGAAACCUGGAGAAGUUGAGGGCCUUCUUCCAAGUUUCAGAUUAGAAGGCAGGUGUUCAUCUCCCUUUGCCUCCAACCUCUAACUUUCACCGUCUUUCUCCUGUCAUCCCUGUCUUUAGUUUCACUUUGGGGUUAAAAACCAAAGUGAAAGAAAAGGCAAAGCAGGAAGCAGCUGCAUUAGACCCAGCCCAGGCUGGGGUGGGCUCUGGGAGACCUAGCCCAAGCUGGCCUGACUAGGAGAGUGGGCAUGUUCCACACGCACUCUUCCCUGUUCCGGAGGCCUGGCUGGGGUGGGGGCUGGGCGGGACUCCCGUCAAAGAGAGGUGCCAGGCUACAGACAGGUGGUGGCAUUCUGGUCUGGCCCGUGGCUGUCUGGGAGAUGGCCAGUCAGACGGGUUCCUUGGUGAAGUCAGCCUCAUGGGGUGUGGUCCCAGCCUGGGCCCCAGGUUCAUCAUGCCUAGUGGCAUAUAAGAAGACCCCGCCACCAGUCCCUCCACGCACCACAUCAAAGCCGUUCAUCUCAGUCACAGUUCAGAGCAGUACUGAGUCUGCCCAGGACACCUACCUGGACAGCCAGGACCACAAGAGUGAGGUGACAAGUCAGUCAGGCCUGAGCAACUCAUCGGACAGCCUGGACAGCAGUACCCGACCACCCAGCGUGACACGGGGUGGAGUUGCCCCAGCCCCCGAGGCACCUGAGCCGCCCUCAAAACAUGCAGCUCUGAAGAGUGACCAGGGGACACUGACCAGCUCUGAGUCCCACCCUGAGGCCAUCCCCAAAAGGAAACUGUCGUCGAUAGGAAUACAAGUUGACUGCAUUCAGCCAGUGCCAAAAGAGGAGCCCAGUCCCGCUACCAAAUUCCAGUCCAUCGGGGUUCAGGUAGAGGACGACUGGCGAAACAGCGCCCCCUCCCACAGCAUGUCCUCCCGACGGGACACUGACUCGGAUACCCAGGAUGCCAACGACUCGAGCUGUAAGUCUUCUGAGAGGAGCCUCCCGGACUGUACCCCACACCCCAACUCCAUCAGCAUUGAUGCUGGCCCCCGGCAGGCCCCCAAGAUUGCCCAGAUCAAGCGCAACCUCUCCUAUGGAGACAACAGCGACCCUGCCCUAGAGGCGUCCUCGCUGCCCCCACCUGACCCCUGGCUUGAGACGACCUCCAGCUCCCCAGCAGAGCCAGCACAGCCAGGGGCCUGCCGCCGAGAUGGUUACUGGUUCUUGAAGCUACUUCAGGCUGAGACAGAGCGGCUGGAAGGCUGGUGCUGCCAGAUGGACAAGGAGACCAAAGAGAACAACCUCUCUGAAGAAGUCUUAGGAAAAGUCCUCAGUGCUGUGGGCAGUGCCCAGCUACUGAUGUCCCAGAAGUUCCAGCAGUUCCGGGGCCUCUGUGAGCAAAACUUGAACCCCGACGCCAACCCACGUCCCACAGCCCAGGACCUGGCAGGGUUCUGGGACCUGCUGCAGCUGUCCAUUGAGGACAUCAGCAUGAAGUUUGACGAGCUCUACCACCUCAAGGCCAACAGCUGGCAGCUGGUGGAGACCCCCGAGAAGAGGAAGGAGGAGAAGAAACCACCCCCUCCGGUCCCAAAGAAGCCAGCCAAAUCCAAGCCGGCAGUGAGCCGCGACAAGGCCUCAGACGCCGGAGACAAGCAGCGCCAGGAGGCCCGCAAGAGACUCCUGGCAGCCAAGCGGGCAGCUUCUGUGCGGCAGAACUCAGCCACAGAGAGUGCAGACAGCAUCGAGAUUUACGUCCCCGAGGCCCAGACCCGGCUCUGAGACCAUGAAGGAGGAAGGAAAUCAUUUUUACAUCAUUAAAAAACAAACAGAAAAACUAAAUGCAAAUGGAACAAAUUUUCUCAACCUUUAGUAUGAUUAUCGCCUAGAGACCCUGAGCCAACUUUCAAAUUGAUGCAUACAAGGGCUCACAAUUUGGCUUUUUUGGGUCCCUCCCAGCUUUAGGUUAUGAAGACUUCACACACAUACACACAAAUCAACAAGAAACAAAAAACUUUUUUUCCUCUUGCUGGCCGUGGUGGACUAGAUAGAUGGACUCCGGCACUCCCCGGCCCAGCCUCCAGACUGCGGUCUUUUUACUUGUUCUAUCUAAUGAGAAAUUAGCUUGUUUACAAGAUGACGACAGUCCAAGGGCAGCCUUGGGCACCUCCAUGUCCCUCCUUCUCCCAGCUACUCCCCCUCUGACCUUGGAUUUUUCAUUCUUGGGUUUCUCUUUUCACUUUAGAGCUCACACAGGGGCCACCGUCUGACUAGGGUCUUUCUGGUUCUCAGCCUCUUUUGUGGUUGAGGGCCCAGAGGACAGAGAGGUAGCCAUGCACCCCCACCUCCGUUGCCAAGUGCUCACACACACUCACACACACACAUGCAGGUUCCUUCUCCCGGGCCCAGCACCUCCCACUGCUGUCCUCCAGCCCUCAGCAGUGGCAGCAGGUGAUGCCUCUCUAAGCAGAUGAGGAGGGUUUAAAAAUGUCUUUGGAGGGAAAAAGAGAUAAAGCCACAGUUACUGUACUCCAGACUCCCGCCUUUUUCUUCUUUCCAGCCCCUUCCUUCAGCAAAAGAAAAUUUAUGACAGGGUGCACUCAAGAGAGGGACCCCAUUUUCCAAGGGGUUGUCUGUUCUCGGCCGAGCCUGUGUACAGUCCCCAAGGGGCGGGGCAGCUGUGUCUGUACGUACUGUACAUAUGCACAUAGACCCUUAGAGUGUAUAUUUAACAAAUGCCCAUCUGCUCACCCAUGCCCACCACCACUGUCUCUCGGGGCACCCGGCAGGGGGUGGGUGUGUGAAUAGCAUAUAUUUUUACAUGUACUAUAUCUAGGUGUGUGUACAAGUGUGUGUAAAAAUAUAUACCUUGUGUGUAAGCAGCCCUUUUUUUUUUUUUUUUUUCAAUUUUUUUGGUCUCCUACCCUGCCCCCUCCCCCAUGGGCCCAUCUGCCCAGCCUCAGUUUUCUUUUUUUUAAACCCCAAUCCUCCUCCUCUCUCCCCUGCCCCUCACUCCUACUCCCAGGGUGUCAUGAGCCCUGAGCUGCAAUGGCCCGGGUCUGCAGGGUGGGUGGGGAGGGCAAGGGCAGGCCGUUGGCACAGGGGCCAAGCUAGGCCACGAGCUCAGCACGCAAGGGGCUGCUCUAUACUGUGUAUACGACUCUAUGACAUUGGAGACAUCCUCUUGUCCGGCGCUUGCUGCUCUGGGGCUGCCCUCGGGGCCCCAUUCCAGCUUGGCCACCAUCUGUGACCUUGGGCAAGUCACUUGACCUCUGUGUGCCUCAACUUCCUCCUCUGUAAAACGGGGACAGUCCCUGCCCCUCCCUACCUCACAGGCAUGUUGUGAGAAUAAAUGAGGUCACGUGUACCAAGGGCUCCUGGUGUUAUUGCAUUGGGAUGGCAGGCUGGGAAGAGGCGGGUGGGAAUGGGCUCUCCCAGGAGACCAACCCAGACCCCCCCUCCCAAAGGCAGCUCUUUGGAGACUCAAGAGAUCAAGCAGAUGGUAAUGCCAGCUCGAGCACACACCAGCACUGAUCCUGAGCAAGGAAACCAAGCUCUCGGUUGCCUCAUCUGGAAAAUGAGGGCACGACCUUCACCUUAUCAGCUUCUCACAAGAAAUAACGACUUGCGACACCAAGUGAGCUGUUCGAGGCCACCCUCCCUGACAGUCCACACCCCUCCACACACCCAGCUGUUUGCACGCCUCUCUGGACGGGCACUCUGAACCCCCCGGCAACUACUUCCAACUUGAUGGUUACAUGCACUGAACGUGUCAAUAGAGCCCUACUUGGCCAGGCCGGGUGGGGGGUUUGUGGAGGUCAUUCUCAGAGCUCACUCUCUGGCGGGGAGACAGACACUGACCACGUCAGAUAAGCUCAAGUAUUGCGGGUGGUAGAAGUGAAGACACCAGAAUGAAGCCGUGGGAACCUGUGGAGCAGAGCACCACCAAAUGCAGUCUGAGCAGGAGCAUUCUGGAGGACAAGUGGGUACUGACCAACCUGGGGAAGGUGGGUGGUGUGCAGGGGUAGGAGCUGGAGAGAGUACAUUCCAGACAGAAUUGUUCCAGAAGGAAUAGCAGGUCCAGCACCCUGUGAUGGGAACAUGCCUUUUGCAAAGUUCUUGGGCCAGGCUCUGGAGACACAGACACUUGGUUUCCUUCCUCCCUGCUCAGCUGGGAUCCCAACAACCUUAGGCCCAGGGAGCACAGAACCACCUUCCCAGGAGCUUUGUUCAAGCUGCCCCAGCCUUUGCCACAAGCUCAUCACAACUGUGGGGGCCAGACGUUGUGUGCUUGAAACAUCUUGCCCCGAACACUGGACCCAGUACUUGGCCUCCGUUAGCAGCAGAUGAAAGUGCAGUGACCAUGGGUGGCUCUGAUUAAUCCUGGGGCUAGUGCCUUCCUAGAACUGUCCCUGCCCUGAGACUGGCUGGGGCGACUCGAAGGGGAAGUGCAGAGGUUUCCAGUUGCCUUGGAUGCGUCUGCAUUUCUGCGGCCAGCACUGAGCCCAGCACCCAGAGGUUUGAGUGGAAUGCAGGGGGAGGCCAGGCUGGACCUGAGACCUCCGUCCAGCAGGAGGCCCAGCUCUGUUCCUGUUGGGCCUUGGGGGCUGGGGCUGAGCCCUGACCCUUCUGAGUGUUUUUGCUGCCUUGACUCCCUCCUCCAGGAAUCAAGACAACAGCAGCCCCCACCUUCCUGUGUGAGCUCAGCCAGGCAAGGUGCUUGUCUGGGCCAGGCCAGUCCAACAGAAGUAAAAUGCCCCAAAGGUAUGUCGUGGGGUUGGGGGGUAUUAUCGCUGUUACCCAGGGGGGUCACCUAGUGCCAGGCUGUGGCCAGCAGGGCUGCCGAGCACAGCCCUACGUUUCCAGAGCGGCCUCCGGCCAGCUUCCUCCAGCCCAUCCACCCAGCAGGCCCCAGAUGAGCAGGUGAAGGUACUGCUCCCGAUGCCACGUGUGGGGUGUCAAUAUUAAGCAGGUUUUCCACCCUUGACUUUAUUUCAUUCCCCAGUUAUUUAUUUUAAAAAAUUAAAAAGCUGAAAGAAUACUACAAUGAACACCAUAUCUUUUACCCAGAAUCACCCAUUUUGCCACAGUGUUUGCCAUACUUUGCCAUAUUUGCUUUAUCCCUCCUGGGAGACACAUAUACACACACACACAAACACACACGUUUUUCCUGAGGCAAAGCUGCAAACAGCAUGACACUUCACUCCAAAAUACGUCCUGCAACUCUGAGAAGGAGGACGUGCCUACUGACCACAACACCAUUAUCUCUCAAACAACACAGGAGCGAUGCAGGGAGGGCUCCCACCCCCCAGAUGUCAUCCAGUUUCCCCAAUUGCCCUAAUAAUGUCCUUUAUGGACUUUGUUCCCAUCCAGGGUCCGGUCAGAAACCAUUGCAUUCAGUAAUCGUGUCUUUAGUCUCUUUUCAUCAGAAACAGUUCCCCUACUGUUUUUGCUUUGUUUUCCAGGACAGGGACAUUAUUUAAGUGUUCAAGUAUCUUGUUGAAUGUCACAUAACUUGGAUUUGUCUGUUUUCUCGUGACUACAUUCAGAUUACACAGUUUUGACAAGAGCAUGACACAGCUGAUGCCCCAUCUCCUCCACUUCAGGGAAAGGCUGAGAAGCAGCUUCCCAAAGCAGUUGGGGAUGAGUGUCCAAAGCCCAGUCCUUGAGGAAACAGGAAGGGCCCAGCACAAGGACAGACAGAAGCACCUCCGGAAGGCUGCAGGGUGGUUGGGGAAGAGGCAGAGGGGCACAGAAGCUUGUCAGCCACCACGGUCUGUUCCUAGACAGGGCAAAGAGAGCAGAGAGACGCAAGCUCCCCUUCCAGACCCCCUCGCUCCCUCAGGGUCGCAGAGCCCCUACCUAUGCCCUCAAGACCAGAGAGAAGGUUUGGCCAGAGCCUGGAACAGCACUGGGUCCAGGAGCAUUAUGGACAGGACAAAGGGAUAAGAAUGAGCCUGAAGACUAAGGACCACAUAAGCACCAGCAGGGUAAACUUUGCUGAAGAUCCCACCACCGGUGGAUCACUACCAGUGGAGUGGGGUUUAUAAGAGAAAUAUAAAAUUGUUUCUCCCGCCCUGACUCUGUGGAUGAUGUGUAAAACCAACAUGAUCCCUGCAGCCACUCCUGCCUGUUCCUCAUUGCAGCCAGAGGAAACUUCUCAAAAUGCCAGUGAGCGGCGCACCCUCCACUGAGAACCCUCGGUGGCCUGCCCACUGCCCCCAGGAGAAAAUCCGGCCUCACCUUGGCUGCAGAGGCCCUUGCCCACCGUCCUCACGCACCUCCGUUGACAGCGCCCCCUGCUCUCCAGCCACAUCUCGGUGCCUCGCGCAGGAAGCCCUGGAUGUCCCACCAACGCAGGCAACAACUUCUCUUUCCUUAGUUUACAGGUCAGUUGGCAUUUCCUUAGGGAAGCCCCCCCCAAGUGCCUGGGCCAGGUCGCCGUGAGCCCCUCUACAUGCUACACCAUAGUCACAUGGCUUUUCUUUGCUGUUCAUCACCGAUGCCCCUGACGUGAGGAUGAAUUAUAUCUGUGUGGUUAUAUGUGAAAAUCUGUCUCCACAGAGGAGAUAAUGGACUCCCUGAGGGAGGGCAGGAGUGCCUAGCACAGACAAGAGCCUCAAGAACUAUUUCUUCAAUUAAUGGCUUUGUUGGGGGGCUUCAGAGAAAAGGCAGCACUUGAGCUGGGCUUUGAGGGAUGAGUAGGAGUCCUCCAAGCAGUAGCAGGGAAAGGCAUAGUGAGCAGAGAGGCAUGAGUGGGACCAGUGCUGUGCCAGGCUAAGGAGUAAGAGCUUUCCCCAGAGCCAGGUUUUGGAUGGAAGAGGACCAUUUCUUACCACAGUCCCAGCUUCCCAUGAGACAGGACACCCCCAGGCCCAGUCUCCAUGAAGCCAUGGUACCCUCUGGACCCAUCCAGCAGAGGGUUUAUCUCUAAAAUGUGUCACAGCAGAGCCCACACCCGGUGAUGCCCCUCUGUCCAAGGCGACAUGCCCUUGGGGGCCCUCGGUUGCCUUAUGACUUUAACUUUCUCUCUCCUACAGCUACACCUACAGCUUUGUACUUUUCCCUCAACUCCAAACUUCUCAUUCAGUAUUUCCACUUGCAUGUCUAACAGGUCUAACAGGUAAUUCAAACUUAAUGUCACCAACUAAUGAAAGUAAAAGGAAUGAUGAAGUUAGAAAUCACCAUUUGGCAACCAUCAGAGUAAUAACUGAAUCAUCAGCGGAUGUUAAAAGUAGCGGGUGGAAGUUUGAUGAGAAAAUGCAAAUUCAAAGUUAUUGUUGUUAGUGGCCAUCGAGUCAAUUCCAACUCAUGGAGACCCCACUUACGCAGAGUAGAUCCGCUCCCUAGAGUCUUCAAGGCUCUGACCUUUUGGAAGCAGAUCACCAGGCCUGUCUUCUGAAGCACAUCCGGGUGGGUUUGAACCACCAACCUUCAAGCUAGUAUUUGAGCACUUAGCUCACUGCACUGUACAACGUGUUAAUUACAAAAGGGAGAAACAGUUACUUUAUGACAGAUGAACCUGGCAGAUACUACCUUGAUUUGAUGCACUGAGAAGAACACAGCAUCAUGCCUGUGGUAGUCCUGUCAAAAUGUAUAACUUGCAUCUAAUCAUGAGAAAACACACAGUGAACGGCCUGGGCUCUCCAACAAUGUCAGUGUCAUGAAAGACAAAAGCGGGGGUGCUGGAACAACUGAAUAACCACAAGCAAAAGAAUGACACUGGACCCCUACAUCACUCCACUGACAAAAGUUAACUCAAACGAGAUCAUAACCUAAAUAUAAGAGCUAAAACUAUAAAACUCUUAAAAGAAAAUGCAGUUGUAAAUCUUCAUGAUCUUGGAUUUGGCCAUGGACUCUGACUUGACACCAAAAGUACAAGUGACAAAAGAAAAAACGGAUAAAUUAGACUAUGAAAUUCAAAACUUUAGUGAAUCAAAGGACAUUAUCAAAAAGGUGAAAAAACCUACCGAAUAGGAAAAAUAUUUGCAAAUCAUCUGAAAAGAGUUUAAUAUCCAGAAUACAUAAAGAGUUCUUAUAACUCGACAAAAAGACAAUCCAAUUAAGAAAUGGACAAAGGAACUGAAUAGACGUUUGUCCAAUGAAGAUAUACAAAUGGCCAACAAGUACACGGAAAGAUGCUCAUCAUCACUGGUCAUUAAGGCAAUUCAAAUCAAAACCACAGCCAUAGACCACUUCACAUCCACUAGAAGGACUUUUUUAAAAAAAUGGAAAAUAACAAGUGUUGGAGAGAACGCAGAGAAAUAGGAACAAUCAUAUAUUGCUACUGGAGAUGUAAAAUGAUACAGGUGUUAAAGAAAAGUCUGGUGGUUUCCCAAAAAGUUAAAUACAGAAUUACCACAUAACCCAGCAAUUCCACUCCUAGGUAUAUACCCAAGAAAUAAAAACAUAUGCCCACACAGAAAUUUGUACAGAAAUGUUUACAGCAGUGUUAUUCAUAAUAGUCAAAAAGUGGAAUAAACUCAACUGUCCAUCGAGAGAUGAAUGGAUAGACAAAUUGUGGUAUACAAGCAGUUCCCGGGUUACAAAUGUCCGACUUAAUACUUGCCCUUUAACGUUACGCAAAUUUGGCCUCAUUUUGAAACUACUCAGCCAACCCCUACUCACAACAAACUCUUCAUGGCAAUCACUUUGACUUGCUGCAGGUGCAGCUUUGAGAUCAUUGAAAAGGCUUUAGCCAUUUCUUGCACUAACGUGUAAGGCUAAAUAAGGACCGCAUGCACCUGCUCCGACUUACCUACAUAUUCAACUUAAAGACACACUUAGAAUGGAUCCCGUCUGACUGCCUGUAUACACAAAUGGAAUCAUGUUCAGCCAUAAAAAGGAACAAAGGAGUGAUGUUUUGUUAGCUGCUACGGACUCGGGUCACCAUGACUGGGUGUUAUAGAGUAGAACGGAGCUCCAAGGGGUCUUCUUGGCUAUACUCUUUACAGAAGCAGAUCGCCAGGGCCUUCUUUUGACGCACCACUGAGUGAGUUCGAACCACCAACCUUUCAGUUGGUAGCCAAGUGCAAACUGUUUGUGCCACCCAGAGUCCAGAUACAUGCUACAAUUUGGAUGGACCGGAGAAAACAUUAUGCUAAAUUAAAGAAGCCAGACACAAAAGGUAACAUGUUGAUGUGUAAUUUAUCCUGUUAUAUGAUAUAUCCAGAAGAGACAAAGCCCUAUGGCUCUAUAGUCAAAAAGCAGAGGUUACAAGAAGAUGAGAGGGGGCGGGGGGGAGUGAUUACUUACUAGGUAAGGGGUGCUGUUACGGACUGAUCAAAGUUCUGCAACUAGAGCGAGCCAGUGGCUGAACAACAUUGUGAACAAGCUAAAUAUCCCUGAAUGGUGCACUUUAAAAUGCUUAAUUGUAUGUUAUGUGAAUUCACCUCAGUAGGAGGGAAAAAAAAAAAAAACUGAGGAACUGUUCCAGAUUAAAA